AUGGCCGUUGGAUCAGUGCUUGUCACCGGAGGCACCGGCUACAUCGGCUCCUUCACCGCCCUCGCCCUCCUCGAAGCGGGCUACAAAGUCGUCAUCGUCGACAACCUCUACAACUCCUCCGAUGAAGUCCUCAACCGCAUCCAGCUCAUCUGCGGCAAGCGACCCGAGUACUUCUCCUGCGACAUCACCAACGAGGCCAAGCUUGACGAGGUCUUCUCUGCACACCCGGACAUUGACAAUGUCAUCCACUUUGCAGCGCUCAAGGCGGUGGGGGAGAGCGGGGAGAUCCCGUUGGACUACUACAACGUGAAUGUGUACGGGACGCUGUGUUUGUUGCGAAGCAUGAAGAAGCAUCAUGUCACGAACAUUGUCUUCAGCUCGUCGGCGACGGUGUAUGGGGAUGCUACGCGGUUCGAGAACAUGAUCCCGAUCCCUGAAGAGUGCCCGCUUGGUCCUACGAACCCUUACGGCAACACCAAGUUCGCGGUCGAGACGAUGAUCACAGACCACAUCAACGCGGAGCGAUACAACGCGAAGAAGGCCGGCAAGAAUGGGGACGAGUUCAACGCAGCACUACUCCGCUACUUCAACCCAGCCGGCAGCCACCCGAGUGGCAUCAUGGGCGAGGACCCUCAAGGCGUGCCGUACAACCUCCUGCCACUCCUCGCGCAAGUCGCUGUGGGUAAGCGAGAAAAGCUGCUGGUCUUCGGCGACGACUACAGCUCCAAAGACGGCACCGCCAUCCGCGACUACAUCCACAUCCUCGACCUCGCACGAGGCCACCUCAUCGCACUGAACCACCUCCGAGACCACCACCCUGGCGUCCGAGCCUGGAAUUUGGGAACUGGCAAGGGCUCGACGGUGUACGACAUGAUCAAGGCCUUCUCUACGGCUGUUGGCCGAGAUCUGCCAUAUGAGGUCGUAGGGCGAAGGCAGGGUGAUGUGCUGGACCUGACGGCCAAUCCGACGAGGGCGAACAAGGAGCUGGGGUGGAAUGCGAAGCAUACGCUUGAGGACGCUUGUGCGGACUUGUGGCGGUGGACGGAGAAUAAUCCGCAGGGGUACAGGCAGCAGCCGCCGAAGGAAUUUCUGGAGGCGCUGAAGAAGUAA